GUAGGCAAUCAAACUUGUUUAGCUGCCAGAAACUUUCCUCUGACAUUUUGAUAAAUGCUCCUGAUAUUCUAGUAGCUAUUAGUCUAGCAGUGUUUCUCAACCUCAGCAAUUUUAAGUAGUGUUGACUUCAACUCCCAGAAUUAACCAGCCAACAUGGUUAAACCAACAUCUUAAAGUUGCUGAGGCUGAAAAAACACUGGUUUGGUGGUAAGACCCAAAAAACAUGAGUUACUGACUUCUCCUAGAUGAAUUUGUCUGGCCUUUCAUUUCUCAGGAAUUCACAAAGGCUUGGUUCCUUUAUUUAAUCAUGUUUUAAUACCCAGAACCAGCGGUGAAAUCCAGCAGAUUGUGACAGGUUCUGGAGAAUCGGUAGCGGAAAUUUUGAGAAAUUCGGAGAACCGGCAAAUACCACCUCUGGCUGGCCCCAGAGUGGGGUGGGAAUGGAGAUUUUGCAAUAUCCUUCCCCCAGGAGUGGGGAGGGAAUGGGGAUUUUGCAAUAUCCUUCCCCUGCCACGCCCACCAAGCCACGCCCACAGAACUGGUAGGGAAAAAAAUUGAAUUUCACCCCUGCCCAGAACUGUCCUUUUCCUAGAGAGAAAAAACCUCCCAUUUGUUUAAACUCUGCUAAGUCAACUUUUGUGCAACACACACACUCCACACCCCAAAUUAUUGAAUGUCAGAGAUGAAUACCUAAGACACUCUUCACUGUACUGUAUUUGUCCUCUGUUGCUUGGGAUUGUGGUUUACACGAUUGCUAAAUGAUUUUAUUGUGAUCAUGUACUCUCUGUCUAGUCUGGCUGUGAGGGAAAAUGGAAUUUUAUUUACCAAUGGAUUUUAAACAUCUGAUGGUCUUCAAAUUGGAACUCCACAGAGGCAUACGUGAAAAUUCUUUGUUGAGCCUCACUGAAUUGAUACUUGCAUCUUACAAGUUCAGACAAUGAGCAUUUGGAAAGUUUUUUUCUUAAUGAGGGUGUGUGUUAACAUGAUGCCACAUUUAAGUACAUGUUUUUUCUUCAGUUCACUCAAGUCAAAUUUCCAGGACAAGUCCCCACAGUUUUCUUGGAUUUUCAGAAAUGGUUUGUCAUUGCCUCCUUCCUAGGACUGAGAGAGAGUGACUGGCUGCCCCAAAUUCACCCAGCUGGUUUUGUGUAUAAAUGAGAGUAGAAUGCACAGUCUCUUAGUUUCUAGUCUGGUUCCUUCACCUCUGCCCAAACUGCUUAUCUUAGGCUAAUUUAUUCAGCUGCAAAAGGCAGAAUCCUGCAUUCUGAAUAAGGUAAAGGUAAAGGUAUCCCUCGCAUGUAUGUGCUAGUUGUUCCCAACUCUAGGGGGUGGUACUCAUCUCCAUUUCAAAGCCGAAGAGCCAGCCCGAAGACGUCUCCAUGGUCAUGUGGCUGGCAUGACUAAAUGCCAAAGGCGCACGGAACGCUGUUACCUUCCCACCAAAGUGGUCCCUAUUUUUCUACUGCAUUUUUUACAUGCUUUCGAAUUGCUAGGUUGGCAGAAGCUGAGACAAGUAAUGGGAGCUCACCCUGUUACACGGCUCUAGGGAUUCGAACCACUGAACUGCCGACCUUUCGAUCGACAAGCUCAGCAUCUUAGCCACUGAGCCACUGCAUUCCGGCUGAAUAAAGUUUGCCAAUAAAGUUUAUUAACUUAGCACCCUGGUAUUAGUAGACAUUCUUAGGGUCAAGUACAUAAAACAGAUGUAAUUUUGUUGCUAUUUAUUUUUGUAUUGGGGCAUAUGUGUUUUUACAUUCGUUUUUAAAUUUUUUAAAUUUUUGUGAAGAUGUGGGUUUUUUUAAAAAAAUGGCUUCAUAGAAAAAAACAGUGUUCUGCUCUCUGCAUAUUUGAGAAAUUCAAGUUAUUUUGCUUUGCCUUGAAAUAUAAAUCAACCAAUUUAACGAUCACCCUUGAUUUCCCCCAAAAUAUAAAAAUAUCUUCCUGCCUCUUGUUUCUGAAGAACCGAUAAUGAUGAUAAUGCAAUUUAUAGGAUGGAUGGGCUAAUAAACAAUUAGAGUUCAUUGUGAGACAAACAACAGUUCCUGCCUGAAAUCUGAGUCUGCCUUCAAUUAGUAAAUAAUCUAUCUUGGUUUUAAAACUGUCUUCUUCAAGUCAGAAAUCUUCCACUUAGAAGGUUCUGAAGCUUCGAGGUAGACUAACUAAAGCUAUGCUUUGCUCCUUCAUAUCACCAGGAUCUUACUUAAUGUACUCUAGAGGACCAUUCUCUAGAGAAUCAACCACUGUUCUGUUUUGCUCUGAGACUGAGAUAAUCAGCCUGGUGUCAUCCAGGAAUUGUUAAUUUCAGCUCUCGUAAAUCUCAGCCAAAAUGGCCAGCAGAAACAUGUAGUUAGGAGUUCAAAGUCAAAAGAAAAAGUGAGAGUGAGACAACAUUCUGUCUUCUUUUGUGAACAGACCUGUACUGUGGUUGGAAAGUACAGGUAAUUCUCAACUGACAACUGAAAGUGUGACUGGAAUUUCAGUCAUAAAUUACGGCAGUCAUAAGUUGAGGCAUCCGUAUAACCAGGCCGAUUUUAUGACCAUUUUUAUGGCAUUUGUUAAGCAAAUCACAUAAGUCUGAAUCCAUUCUCCCUUAUGGGCAUUGUUUGCCAGAAGCCAGCAAAAUAAAUAAAUAAAUCACAAAUCUCUUGUCAUGUGACCAUGUGGCACUACAGCUUGUCAUAAAGUGAGUCAGUUGCCAAGUGCCUGAAACGUAACUAUCAGACGUAGAAUCACAGCAUUUUACAACAGCAGGAAGAUGUUUAUAUGCCAUAAAGCACCCGUUCUGAGGCUAUUGGGAUUCCAAAUGGUCAUUAAAUGACCAGUAGUAAGUCAAGGACUACUUGUAGUGUAUGUGUGCGAGAGAGUGAGAGAGAGAAAGGAAUUAUUUUGAUUUGUAAAUCUCAGUUUCAGAGGAAUGCCUAAUGGAAUUAAGUUUUAUUAAAGUAAAAACUUGGGUUUGUUCCUAAGCGCAAUUGUCUCACAUUCUGUAAAUUAACUAUCUUUAUAGCCAUCCACUAUGGGCAAAACUUUAUUGAGUGAAACAUAAUAAGAAAUUGAAACCCAAAGAUGCUUUUUCAAGAGGCAACUGGACUUUCUGGUUUUUUUCUUCAGCUCUGACUGGAUAGUGGGGAAUGGAAGGAUUCAGUCAGAGCUGAAGAAGCUUCUUGGAUGAGAAGCGAAACGUCUUCAAAGAAAAACAAGAAACUCCAGUUGCUUCUCGAAAAAGCACUUUUGAGACAACCAUGACCUGGAUGACUUGAGAAUCUCCAUAGACAAGAAAUUGAAACAUAAUAAAAGGUUUCGGGUAGGCGGAACAUUCUGGAAAGGCAAUGCUAAUACUGAAGUUCUCUUUGUCAGCACAUCCUAAUCUUUAUUUUGCAAGGCAAAUACAAAAAUCUAGUUUCCUGUUCUGAAAAGGAACUGAACUUUGUUUUUAUUAGAGGAAAAACAGUUUUGUUGAUGAUUAAAAAAAAAGAAGACUAGUCUCAGUUACUUGCUGCUGCUUGGAUAAAUUUCAGUUGAUUUAAGAGGAGGAAAAAUAAGAGACUGAUCCACUUGGACCUUUUCCCCCAAUUAGUAAACUACUAUCUAGGAAACUGUUCUUCUGCUUUAAAAGAUAAAAUAGUAAAACCCUUUGAUAAGAAGACUGCAUAUGGAUGAUCCUGAUGGGAUUAGCACUCCCCAUCCUUGCUGACAGAAAAGGCAGGCUGUGGGCCCCUUGGUCAAGGAAUUUUGGCUAUCAGGGUCCAGGAUACUGCUGAAAAUCACUGGCAAAAUUGCCAAUUUUUAUAACUAUUAUUGGUUGUUUCUCUUUUAAAAGGGUAGAAAUGAAAAGAGAGCUGUGGAAGGUGAGUUUACCAUUAGCAUCCUUUUAAAAAAUGUUUUAAUGAUUAAUUUACUCCAAAACAGCCUGAAAUUGUGCAGCCAGUAAUUUAUCCAUGAGCUUCCAUGCUCUACUGGAAUCUGGCUCUCCCCAUUGCUUUCCCUCUUGCACCCUAAAAAGCUGCAGAUGGCUUGUAUCAGAGGUAUUUGGAAAAUGCAGUCAGCCUUGGUGAAUUUACCAUGUCAAGUGCAGAGUUGGGAUUUCUCAGAAAAUCUGAUUGGAAUUAGACAAGUGGGUGAAAGAUGGCAGCCAAGACAUUUCUUGAGCCAAGUGAACAAACUGCUCGCAUCCUAUGCAGAAUCCAUAACCCUCCUGAUGAACUGAAGUUCCUACUAACUUUAAUCAGUGUAACCGUUAGUGAGGAAGUUUGGAAUUGUCGUUUCAGCUGCAUUUGAGAGACUACAGGUUAACUAACAAUACGCUGGGAUAAUUAAACUUCCAUGGUUUUUAAAAACUGCCAGCACUGUUUCCCUUCAUGUUGAGAUAGGAAAGUGAUGAAAACGAGCAUAAGCCUUAAAGUAGUUAAUAUAACACAUACACACUUCCAAUGCCCUCCAAAAUUCGAUUCCAUUCACUUCAUCUUCUUGAAAUACGUCUUCUGUUUUCUGUUUUCAAGACUCCUUUGGUGAAGAGUUGAGUUCCACGUAAGAAAUGGAUUGCUUCUUAUGUAACACCUAAUGGGUGAUUAACCCAAGCCUUUUGAUGGGGAAACAUACCUAUACUUCAUAUUUUGGAGACAGAUGCUGCAACUUAGGCCAAUAACACAAAGCCUAAAAGUACAGAAUGUUACCUUUUGAAAAAUGCUGAAAGCAGAUAAGGCAAAUCUUUGCCAUUGAAAUUACGUAGGUAUGUCUGUAUAGGAAUGCACUGUUACAUAAAGACAGUACUUUGCUACAAAGUCGUGUCUGUGCUUCGAAUACUGUACAUAUUUUGCUCUGCUGUAAGCGCUUUUCUUUGCGAUAUGUCUCAAAAAUUUCAGUGUGUAUUAAAGAAAUAGUGGCAUUAUGAUCCCACAAAAAUUUUUUUGAAAUGAGCAAUAAUUCUUCAGUAGAGCACUGUUGAAAACUUUAGAUCAGUGGUUCCCAACCUUUUUUUGGCCAUGCCCCACCUAAGCAUCUCUAAAAUCCUGAUGUGACAUAUAAUUCUUACUUUACUCAAAAAGUGAACUCUACUCAUGCGGAGGAAGCCUAAAAGGCUAUUAACUUGGUUUAAACAAGGUUCAAAUUGCCCCCAUUAAAAAUCAAAUUGCCCGCCUGUGGGGCAUGGGCCCUACGUUGGGAACCACCGCUUUAGACGUUUGGUAGCCUUAUAGAGUUCAUUCAUAUUAUAAGAAUGAGGACCAUUUUUUUGUUAAAAGCAACUUCUGGGAAUGUCCCAGAAUGUCAAAGAAAUCACCCUAGUUCUGUUUCUCUCCCUCCUCCCACUCUGCUCUUUCAAAAUGUAGUCAUAUUGAUAAUACUAUAACAGCUUUUCUCAUGUAAUGUCAUUCAAAUAUGUGGGUCUAAAGUAACCAGAAAGUUGUCAGAGAACCAGUUUUGUGUAAUAGUUAAGGCACUUGGCUAGAGUCCAAGAAUUCUGCACCCGUCUUAGGCACAAAGUUAGCUGGAUGACUUUGGGCCAGUCCCUCUCUCUCAGCCCUAGGAAGCAGACAUUGGCUACUUCUGAAACCUUGCCAGGAAAACUGAAGAGACCUCUCACCCCAAUUGGACUAGCCUGCUCCACUCCAGCAGAAGUCUACUACGGAUCCCGUCUGUUAAGCAAUCCCGGCAGACAGGGUCAAGGAGAAGAGCUUUUUCCACUGUGGCCCCCAUUCCUAUGGAAAUCUCUACCACCGGAGGUUGAUGGUGGCAAUUUGAAGCUCAUCCGAGGGGUGGACAUAAGAGGACAGAGUGCGGCCUAUGCCUGUGAAGGAUGCUGAAGAAAAGUAGCCUGAUUGUCUGGGGCCUGGUGCUUUUUGUGGCCUGGAACGCCCUGAUCCUUUUCUUCCUGUGGACUCGGCCACAAUCUUUAUCGGACCAUAGCCGCUUAACUGAAGAGGUGAUCCGACUGGCCCAGGAUGCCGAGGUAGAAUUAGAGCGCCAAAAGGAGCUUCUACAUCAGAUUUAUCGCUAUAGUUCACUCUGGAGCAAACGGAAGGCCAAAAACCUCCACCUGUCGGGUGCAGUGUCGGUCCAGCCUUCCACAGCUGCGUCCUUGCCCCAUCACAAUCAGAUAUCACCUGAUGCCGUUUUGCCUGUGGUGGUGAUUGCCUGUGACCGCAGCACAGUCCGCCGUUGUCUAGAUAAACUAUUGCAUUACCGUCCCUCAAAGGAGCGAUUCCCCAUCAUUGUAAGCCAGGACUGUGGACAUGAGGAAACCGCUAAAGUCAUUGCCUCCUAUGGAGAUUCUAUCAUGCACAUCAAGCAGCCCAAUUUAAGUGACAUCCCUGUGCCUACCGACCAUCGCAAGUUUCAGGGAUACUACAAAAUUGCUCGACACUAUCGCUGGGCCUUGAGCCAAGUUUUCCGGACUUUCAAAUACCAAGCAGCCAUUGUAGUGGAAGACGACUUGGAAGUAGCUCCCGAUUUCUUUGAAUAUUUUCAAGCGAGUUUCCCACUUCUACUGGCUGACCCAACCCUUUGGUGUAUCUCUGCCUGGAACGAUAACGGCAAGGAGCAGAUGGUAGACGUUGCCCAUCCCGAGCUUCUCUAUCGUACUGAUUUUUUCCCUGGUCUGGGCUGGCUUCUGCUCUCUGACUUGUGGGACGAGCUGGAACCCAAGUGGCCCAAGGCUUUCUGGGACGACUGGAUGCGACAGCCUGAACAGCGGCAGGGCCGUUCGUGCAUCAGGCCUGAAGUGUCACGCACAAUGACUUUUGGCCGUAAAGGUGUGAGCCACGGUCAGUUCUUUGACCAAUAUCUGAAGUUCAUCAAGCUCAAUGACCGUUUUGUGCCUUUCACCCAGAUGGACCUUUCUUACCUCAAGAAGAAUAACUAUGAACACUCAUUCUUGGCCCAGGUCUAUGAUGCCCCUCAACUGCGUGUCGAAGAAUUACAGGGGAACCAGCGCCGGGAGUUAGGUACUGUCCGAGUGCAGUAUACCACUCGUGACUCUUUCAAGGCCUUUGCAAAAGCCUUGGGUGUUAUGGAUGACCUCAAAUCAGGAGUGCCCCGUGCUGGGUAUCAGGGCAUUGUCAGCUUCCUUUACCGAGGCCGCCGUGUUUACCUGGCUCCUCCUCCUGACUGGACAGGCUAUGACCCCAGCUGGAGUUAGCAGCUGAUGAUUUUUGAGCAUGUUGGAUCCCAUCAGGGAAAAGGGUGCUUGGGUAGGGGUGGGGGGGGGGCAAAACUCUGUAUUUUCUUCUCCUGUGUGGCAUUCAAGGUGCAUUCCAGGAAUGAGGAUUGUUUUGUGCACUUAAUUUGGGGGAGGAGUUAAUGGCAGGAGGAAUGGGUUACGGGGUGGCGGGCUGUAUUCCAAAGCCCCAACAUCAUAGAUGAGAAGGAGCGUUCUGGGUUCUCUGUUCUCUCCCCAGUGCCCGCCUGCUUUCUUGACAUUGCUGCCUGUCCACUGAUUAGAUCCUUGGUGGCUUGUCCAAAUUGGUGCAUGUUGAGGUCAAAGUGAAUGCUAAACCAAAGCAGUGACCCACUGAAGUUUUCCCGGUUUCGUUGAGAUACAGCAGGCCAGAGCAACUUGUGAUCUCAUGAGGCAGAUGUAACUCCUCAGUCAAAUAGUGUGUUUGGCCACAGACUUCAUACAUAUCUUUAAAUUCUAGCCAAGCAAAAUGGGGAGGCUUGUUAAGUUGCCGAGAAACUAUGACUCAAAACCGGCACACUGCAUUCAACUUGAUAGGUCACAGGUAAGCUGUAGGGAGAACAUAAAAAGCUUUUCUCUCAGUUCUUGGCUGCUGCUUCACGUCUCACCUGGGCACCUGUAAGGUUUGGAAAGCAGGAAGCUCUUAUGGAUGAUCAUUGAAUCCUCAAAAGGACCAUCUUUAUUGACCAUAUUGGCCAUUUUUAUGUUGAUCUCUUAGAUAUCCUAAUCCUUUAACCCUAUUGAAUGGGACAGUGGAGAUACAAUGUGCACAACGACAAACUUAAUAUGAUUGUCACUCAGAUGAGAUGGAAAGGAAGGUCAGAGCCUCUUUUAUUGCUUUUAUUUGGGCACUAGGAUAGAGUAGUCACAGAGCAUGAACACGUGCUACCCUUUUUAUAGCUCCAUGCUGGGACUUGUUAACUUUAGCUUAAAUGAAGUUUUGGAUGGAGGUGGGCAUUUUUCUUCUCAUCCUCUUACCUGGUAUUGAGAUACAUGAAGGUUUUGACUUUGCAGCCUUCUAGCCGGUGCCCGGUGUCAAAUGGUCCUUUCUCUAAGCCACAACGGGAAAUGAUGGGCUGCAAGUGGGCCAUUAAAUUUGAAAGUGGCGCCUGGGGAGGAAGGCCCAAAGCUAGCUCUUUAUGACGCAUGAAGGAGCAGUCGGACCUUUCAGCCUCCCCUUGUAAUCUGAAAUGAUGGAGGCUUCCGGUAUAUCUAUUUAAGGGAAGCUGACCAAUGGCUUGAGGUCGGUGCCAUGUUCUCUUCCCAGGUUUAUGAGGAGAACUUGCCCAAGGCUGCCUUAAUUUCCCUGGUGUAGGAACUCCAUCCAGAUCUACGGCAGAGUGUGCUGGUGGCUCUGUUGCAUUUCUUUUAAUUACUGGGGUUUUUUUUCCUGAAUGGCCAUAUUGGAAUUGGUCAUUGCUACAUAUUUAGAACACUGGGCAGUAAAAUAGAAUGGAGGAAGGAGACUCCUUGAGGCAUCGGAGCAUCUCAUGAAAGGACUUCUCCAAACAAGGAGUCCAGCCUUAUUCAGUGGGGCAGAGUCCAAUCUUCCCUAUUCUUGCCUUUGGGAGUUGCCACUGAGCUGCUCCAGAUGCCACUUUAUGAGGCAGGCAUGAGGAAGCGACUUCAGACCUCCUUUGGCCAAAAUUUAGACCACACCAAAGGGUAUUGCGUUGUUUGAAUGCUUAUUACUUUUUCUCUCUUUUAUGCGUAAGACCACCUCCGUGAUGAACGGAGGAAGGAAGAUUGUGUUUUGGCAUUCCACUUCAGUGAGGGGAGGUUUUCCCUUUAUAUAUCUGCUCCUCUGGUUGGUGCAAGUGGGCAGGUAGGAGAUGGUGCCUUGGGGAGACUGCUUUGAAUGGUUUGAUGCAUCUGCUUACGUCCUGAGAUUUUUCUUUUGGGGAAAAAAAAGAAACGAAUGCUGCAGAGGAAGAGGCUCUCUAAAAAUAAAAAUAAAAAAAAGACCGACUGUGA